CGCGAGCAUAAAGUUUUUUGAAGAAACAUAUUAUUCCAAUCGCGAAUGAUUUAUUCAAGUUUCUACUUUUUGCUGACAUAAAAAAAACACUGCAAAUCAAAAUUAAUGUUAAAUCGCUGCUCAUGUUCCAAAUUGCUUUUUAUUUCCAGCUGUUAAAUUUCCGGGUCAAAAAGGGCACAAAAUUAAAACAAAAUUAGCAAUUUUGUUAAUAGUUCAGAACUUCCACGUGCUAAGCGAUAAUAUACACAUAUAUUGCAAAUGGUUUUGUCGUUUCAGGAAAAUAUUCCAAAAAGCAGAUUUUUCUGGUCGAUGUUUUGAACGCUACUGUUAUAUAUUUUUUUAACCGGAUUGAAAAGCCUACAUUUCAUUCAAGUGCUUUUCAGUUCAAGCUCAAAAUUUGAAACACACCGUGCGCGUACAAUUACGAGCAGUUAUUCUUUUCACAAUUAUACAAUUCUUAAGUUGUGUUUUAUUUUGCUAAUUUCUCACCAAAGUCCUCGCGCACGUUUGUGAGGCAUUGGUCUCCAGACCUUUUUUCAUUUUCUGAUUUUUUGUGUUGUUUAUGCUUAAAGUUUAAUACAAUUCUUCUGAAUGAUUUGUUGCAAAACAGCGGUGUAAACCAACCAAAACUCUGGCUCACCUGGCGCGUCUACCUUAUCACGAUCACCCGAUCAGAUUUCAAUAGCCAUCCUUGAAUCUUUACGUCAUGAAUUUGAAACUCAGUCUAGAGCAAUAUCAUGCUUCACCCAUUUUACGAUAAAAGACAUACAUGUAAACGAUUUGUAUAUUAUGAUUGCGUUGAUGUAAAUGUAAUAAAUUUGUUUAUUGCUUCUGCUGCUGUCAACACAUAAUGCAGGAUUUGUAGGGAAAAUUGUUACAAAAACCCACCGAAAAUUUAAUGUUUUGCAUUAGUAUCAGUUUCUCUCUAUCGUAGGAUCUAAAACAAACAUUUUAUUGUGUUAAUUGUAAAGCUUUUUUGUUGUUGUUGCUUUUGUUGCUUCAAUAACUAACAAAUGGGCUGAAGAAAACGGAUGGCAAUUUUUUUUUCCUUCGCUACUAGUAGCACAGUUGAUCAUUUUAACAGACCCGCGCUUAAAACAAGAGCUAAAAGAGUGCGCACUGGAGAAGCUUUCGUUUCGUCUCUAAAGCUGUAUUUCAUUUCUUCUUGCAGUAACAUUAUAAUAUUUACUUAAGCUUAAUCCCCCCCCCCCGCAGUCGUGCGUCGUGUGUUGGGUUGUUAAUACAAAACUAGCUGCAACUAAUUGUAAUAGUAAAUGAGUGUGAGAAAUGUUACUAGAGCAGAGCGAUACGAUGGAAAAGAGGGAGAGAGCGAGAGGUGGCAGACGCUGAAUAUUCUGAAAACAUACUUUUGUUACAACCAUAUUUGUGUAAAAAUUCAUAACGCUCCUAGAAAACAAGUCGGUCGAUACAACAAAAACGAAUGGGGGGAAAUAGAACCAUGCAACACGCGUUUAGUAAUCGUGCAAAUGGCAGACGACCAUCGUUGCCUGGUGACUUACUAUUGUGGUAGAUGCUAGUUUUGUAAGCGCAGCGAAAAUCAUUUUAUGAUUUAAAAAAAAAGGAAUGAAUAGUAGGAUCCCGAAAAUUUAACAAUUCCAAACUUUGUAAAGGCUGGCAGGCAGGCAGUUGAUACGCGAUAGCGAGCGAUUUAAUUUUAAGCGCGGACGGGAUGCGAAUCCCUCUGUAACCCGAUGAUAAAAAUUGCUGCAAAUGUUAUAUUUUACCGAAACAUUGUUCUGCAGAAGAAUGUGUAUGUAAAACUUUUAACCUUUUGCCCAUCUGCACACGGUGUACCAUUGGAAUAUUAUCUAUAUUACAGGGGUUUUCAAUUGAUAAUGUAAAAGGAGCGUGGGCUCCUUAGAUGAAAUGGUUUCAACAAUUCCUUACAUCCCGCGUUUAUACCUUUAAGUUACGCACUUACCCGUGCGCUACCUGCGCCGUGUAAGAUAUCAUCGGCCUCGAUUACAAUAUCAUCUGGUAACUUCAUAACUCCUGACUUCUGGGUGGCUUCCGGUGGCCAAGACGAUAACGACGCCGGUCUUCACACGGCAGGACUGAGGUUCAAAUCCCAUCCACAGAAAGCCAGACAUGGCAGGCCGAAACCUCGUGAGGUUUUAGUUAGUGCCAAGGAAGAAGAAAUGCUUCAUAGUAAAAGGCUUAGGUUGCGCUUACCCUGUCAUCUGAAACCGUUCCCAUGUCAACUAGCCGUGUUUCUCAUUUCAACUAAGGAGCCUACGAAACCAAUCGAUGCUUUUUACAUUAUCAACUGAAAAUCACUGAAUAAUUGAAACAAACAACUGUCGAUCGCGGUGUACUACCACCAUCCCCGCGCACUGGUGCAACUGUUUAUCAGACUAUCAGACAAGAAUUGUUACGAAAAACAAGCCCACACACACACACGCACACAACACAAACAAUAAGAGCACUUCCAGCGGUCAAUCGAUGCAAACUUGGAGUAAAACAAUUAUUUACUUUGCAAGAAAACACCACUGUUCGGCGUUGUGAAGAGAGAGUGUAUCCUGCCAAAAGAUGAUGUCCUAUCGCUUAACGUAGAACAGCGUAGCGUGUUGUGCAUGUUGGGUGUAAACAUCGUUUGCGACGUCGCCGAAAUGCGUUGUCCAAUAAAGUAGUAGUGCAUUAACUAACUGUAACACAUGUGUAAUACGGGAAGCAAAACAAAAAACCAAACGCUAAAUUCUAUGACAUUAGCGUGCUUUAACAACCGUGGUGUAAUUGUAGUAGUCAUAUCCGCUUUUUUUCCGGCGGCUAUGAUAAUUGUUGUAGGUCUUUCUUUUUCUACGUCCGCUUUGUGCUCUACCCAAGAUCCUUGGGCAACAGAGUAGAGAAGGAGGAGCAGGAGGCACCGCUCCGGGAUCACUUUACCGCGCGCGCGGAUUCGGUUCGGUAUUGGUGUCGAAAUCAAAUGCAACAAUUAAAUCUCAACGAAGCGCAUAGCAUUAGCGCGAACCGCGAGCGUAACUACUACUGCACACCGUGAACGUUAAAUCGUGAAAGUAUAAGUAACUGAGAGAGAGAGAGAGAGAGAGAGAGAGAGUAAGAGUACACACAACAAUAAUAAAAAGCACCGUCGUUCUCUAACUCAAAACUACAAUAAAACCAUCCACAGUGAAAUGUGCUACUGUUUUUGUUUUAUUGUUUUUUAAAUAAACAUAUUUUUAACGACUUUAACGUGCAGUCGCGGACAGGCAAAAAUUACGUUUUCCUAUUUAGAAAAACAAAAGUGAUUCAAAUUUCAUCUGGUGGACAAUAGAGAGAGAGAGAGAGAAAGAGAGAGAGAGAGAGAGAGAUUGUUUUAACUGACUGCUGGCAAAAAAGAAAAACAAAACCAAAAUUUUGUUAAAAAUCCCCUCGACAAGAAUCGACAAAGCGAAACAAGCGCUCCCUUUUUGUUGUUGAUUGUUGCACAACUUUGUAAUGAAUCGUAAGGAACUAACUAUUAGCGCAUAUAAUAAUGCGCGCAAUAUUACGCGAAAUAGCACAGAAGAAGGUAGAAAUGAAAAAGAGAGUAAAAUAAAAUAUAUUUGAAAAUCUAACUUUUAUUUCUUUUGCUUUCCGGUUGCGCGAGAUGCUUGCGUUUGAUUCGCCCUCUCGACUCACUCGUAUCACACACAUGUUUGACCUAAUCUUUAAAAAUUUUAAUCUUAUUUUGUACGUCCCUUUUUAUAAUUUUACAGUUCUUUUUCUACAAAAGAUCAUCCAAACACCCUUGUCUGAACCUAUGUUUUUAUCUAGUCCUCUAACCCAACAUGUUUGAGAAGAAUAUCGAAAAUGAGUGUUUUUCGUGGUUUGCCAGCUAUAAAUAUCCGCUGCUGACUACCACCGGGGGGAACAUGGAGCAUCGUCUGCCAUGCGCACCACGUGAACAUCGCGAUCGCGCUCCGUGCGAGAAGAUGAGGAUCGUUGCUGCGCCCAUUAGCCAACCAAGCGAAAACAUCGAUCAGUGUAAUCUACCUACUUCUAUCGAAGUAAUAAAGUUUUGCCGCGACGACGAUGGCAAACAGUUUUAAAAAUGUGUGUGAAAUUCGGAAAACGGAUCAGCUAGGAAGAUUUCUGGUCGCUAAGCGUGACAUUAAGGCUGGCGAGCUGAUACUGGCGGAAGAUCCGGUCGUGGUAGGGCCGUACUGGGAUGCCGACAUUAGUUGUCUGGGUUGCCUCCGGCCGGCCUCGAGAACGUGCAAAAAAUGCCUAAGGGCUCCGCUUUGCCGUGACUGUACGCGGCACGAUGCAGUCGAGUGCGAUUUUUACGAGCAUGCUUCGAAUUUGAGUAAGAAUUUUCUCUUCGAUCACUUCAACAUCAUCACGCCCAUACGUUGCCUUUUGCUGUACCGCAGCGAUCGUACCCGGUACGAUGAGUUGAUGGCAAUGGAGUCGCACUGUGACAGCCGCCGAGGGACCGAGAUCUGGCUCAUUCACGAACAGUACGUAGUGGAGCCGAUGCUUGCCGAGGAAGCGUUCCAGCAGAUCGACGAUCUGGUUGUAACGGCGGACCUAGUGCAGCGUAUCUGUGGCAUACUGGACGUUAAUACGUUCGAGAUCCGGGGCAAUAUGGACAGCCAGGGCGUGCAGAUGAACAAUUUGGCGCGGGGGCUUUACCCGCGAACGUCGCUCAUGACACACAACUGCCAAACCAACACGCUGAUCGCGGUCGACGGUAUGUCUAGGCUUCGGCUGUACGCAUCGAUUGCGAUCCGGGCGGGUGAAUUGCUGUACUACAACUAUACUCGGGUGUUGUUCAGCACGUUCGAGAGACAGACGCAUCUACGGAAAGGAAAAUAUUUUAUCUGCACCUGCGCGCGUUGUAGUGAUCCCACUGAGCUAGGUACGCAUUUAAGCUCGCUCAAGUGCACCGCCUGUGGUGAUGGGCUUUGUGUUUUCCAUCCGCAAACACCAAAAUGGGAAUGCAAUACCUGCGGACAUCAGCUACCCCGAGAGUAUGUGAACGAGGUAAUGUGUGAAGCCCGAGAAGAUGUUUCGAGUUGCGCUCUUGACAUACGCAACCUAGAGAAGGUGGUGGGGAAACAUUCGAAAACACUCAACCCGCACCAUUCGCUCGUGCUGGAAGCGAAGCAAAGCCUGGCCGGUGAGCUUCGCAGUAUGUGCAUGUCUUACGACCUGCAAAACGUACCGCGCCAAGCACUGAAACGCAAGCUAGAGCUAUGCGAAGAGAUGCUGCAGAUACUGCGGGUGCUAGACCCGGGAAUAUCGCGCCUUACCGGCAUCGCUUUGUACGAGUAUCACGCAGCGCUAGUUGACCUAUCCCGUCGCAACCAUGACACAGGCGAGAUCAAGACUCCAGAGUUACUGGAACGAUUACAGCUGGCCGAAGGUGCGUUAAAGGAAGCGAUCGGUAUGCUAGUGUUUGAGCACCCAACCACACCGGAAGGCCAUCUUACCAGGAAGGCUAUGUGCGAGUUGAAAGAAUUGCGCGAAUACAUACAGAAGGUGCAGGCCAUGGAGGAAGACGAACGUACCGAUCGCCAGUUUCGUGGGAAGCGCAAUAGCAAUGCAGGCAAGAGUAAGAAGUAGCAUUUUACAGCUGCGCCACCGUCCGGUCUAUGAUUUCCAGCAUAUCGUGCAGUAUGAGCGAUCUGUUUCGACAGUUCGGUGGUUGACAGUGGACGCACUCCUCGAGAAGGUUGUGCAGAAUGUGUGGCGCAUCAUCGUAAGGAUCGGUUAAUGAUUGAUCUUUACUUUUACCGUGACCGCUGUGAAGUAGUCCCGCGGCAUAGUUUCCAUUAAGAUUUUCUAAAAGUAGCUAAAAUAGUAAAGAAAAGCGAAAUUGAAAACUUUUGCA